GGCGCAGAGGAGGUGGUGAUCGUCGGCGCCGGCGUGGCCGGCCUGGCCGUCGCCCUGGGGCUCCACAGGAAGGGCGUUCGGAGCGUGGUGCUGGAGUCGUCGCCGGUGCUCAGAACGUCUGGGUUCGCGAUCAUGGCAUGGACGAACGCCUUCCGCGCGCUCGACGCCCUUGGUGUAGGCGACACCGUCAGGAGUAAACAUGCGCAGAUUCAGGGGGUGCGUGUCAUGUCUUCGUCUACCGGGGAAGUGGCGCGAGAGAUGGAUCUCCGGGUUCAAGGAAAACUGGGACCCCAUGAAGCCCGGUGCGUGCAGCGCAACGUCCUGCUGGAGACACUGGAGGCAGAGCUGCCGACAGGCACCAUCCGCUACUCCUCCAAGAUCGUCUGGGUCGACGACGACGGCGACGGCGACGGUACCAAGAUCCUCCAUCUCGCCGACGGCUCGAUUCUCAGAGCAAAGGUGCUGAUCGGCUGCGACGGGAUCAACUCGGUGGUGGCCAGAUGGCUGGGGCUGGCGAAGCUGUCGGACUCGGGGCGCACGGCCACGAGGGGACACGCCAGGUACCCCGACGGCCACGGCUUGGAGCACAAGAUGAUGCAGUUCAGCGGCCAGGGCUUCCGCGCCGGCAUGGUCCCCUGCAACGACACGGACGUCUACUGGUUCUUGACAUGGUCUCCCUCUCCGACUGGCAAGGAGGACGAUGACCGGAGCCCGGCGGCGAUGAAGCAGUUCGUGCUGACCAAGCUGAGGAGUAUCAACGCCCCUGCCAAGGUGCUGGAGGCGGUGGAGAGGAGCGAGAUGAACGACGUGCUGGUGGCGCCGCUGCGGUACCGGCCCCCGCUGUCGCUCCUGUCCGCGAGCAUCAGCAAAGCGAACGUGUGCGUCGCCGGCGACGCACUUCACCCGACGACACCCGACCUGGCGCAGGGCGCGUGCGUGGCGCUGGAGGACGCCGUCGUGCUGGCGCGGUGCCUCGGCGACGCCAUCGUCGGUGACGGGACGGAGACGGUCGAGGCGGCCCUGCGCCGGUACGCCGGGAUCCGGCGGUGGAGGAGCGCCCAGGUAAUCGCGGCGUCCUACGUGGUGGGUCUGGUGCAGCAGAGUGAUCGCGCCGUGGUGAGCUUCGUGCGGGACAGGAUGCUAUCCGGGUUGCUGGCAAAGGGGCUCCUGAUGAUGCCGGACUACGACUGCGGCACGCUGUGA